AGUAGUACAGCGUCGCAGAAACAAGUGCUGGGUUUUAUGAAUUACACCAGCAUUCGUUUUAUUUUAGCAAGUUAACAUGGAGACGAACGCUGGGAGUUCUUGUGGGAUGUCGGAUUUGUUGAGAUCCUCCGGAACGUUUAAUGUUCUUGUUGGUGUGACAGGAAGUGUGGCUGCAUUGAACCUGCCUGUUUUGGUAUCUGAGUUACUUCAGCUUCCUGGGGUUGAUGUAAGGGUGGUCACCACAGAGCAUGCCAAGCACUUCUAUAAUCCUGAUGAGGUUUCAGUAAAGAUCUACAGUGACAAAGAUGAGUGGAAGAUAUGGACAAAACGAUCCGACCCUGUGCUACACAUCGAACUGAGGCGCUGGGCAGACCUACUUGUUAUUGCUCCAUUAGAUGCUAACACUAUGGGAAAGCUUGCUAAUGGCAUUUGUGACAAUCUGCUGACCUGUGUGGUGAGAGCCUGGGAUACCAGUCGCCCUCUGCUCUUUUGCCCUGCGAUGAAUACGGCUAUGUGGUGUCAUCCCAUUACUACUUCUCUCAUAUCCACACUAAAGGAGUUUGGAUAUGUGGAAAUCCCCUGCAUUACCAAGAAACUAAUGUGUGGAGAUAAAGGAAAAGGGGGCAUGGCAGAGGUAUCAACUGUUGUCAGCGCUGUUAAACAGUAUCUCCAGAAACCAGAUUAAUUGAUGCCUGUCCUAUUGUGCUGUACCAACUGGUGUAAAAUAACACAUUAAAAAGGAUAAAUAUGUAUUCUUUGCCCUGAAGUUAUUAUUCAUAAAUUAUUUUGUUCAAAACUUCAAAGCCCUCUUUGAGGGCAGGGUGAUGGCCAAGCAGUUAGUAGAAUGAGAUGCUCCAACAUAUCAGGUGAGAG